AGUUCAUUUGUUCAUAAAUGCCUUAAGGAAGCAGUUCGUGCCAUCAUAUGUUUAAAGUAAACAAAAUGCCGAGUUUGACUACGAGUUCAAAGUCGCUUGGCUAUAUUUUAUUCCUGUGGACUUCACUUCGUGGCGUUUUUAGCUUGAGCGGAGAUUAUCAAUUAAAACUGCGUCAGAAUAAAGUUUUGCCAAACGAAGAAUGCUUCCGAAAUGCCUGGGUAGAAAAUGUCUCAAAUUGUUUACAAGAAUGCCUUGGUGAAUGCCGGUGUGUGUCAUUUCAAAUGUGCCAAACUAACAACUGUCAACUCUGCUCUGGAGGUGACGUGGGGAAUCUGAUGAAUCAAUCUGGAUGCUCGUACUUCACAAUGAAAAAAGUUCAGUUCAGCCAACAACGUGAAGAAAGUUGCCUCCCAGCAAUAAACUGCUGUCUAACAUCACAGCCGUGUUUGGACGGCGGCACCUGUAGUAUGUCAGACGACCCAUUAAAGCGCUACUCGUGUAAAUGUAAAAAAAAUCGUAAAGGUGAACGAUGCGAGUUGGAUGUGGUAUCAUGGACGACAGGAUGACAGGCGAAACCGUUCAUAAUUCUGUACUUGUAAUAUUAUUUCUUAAAGACGACAUUUUUAACUAACUUCACACAUUUUGUUUUACUUUUUCCGUAUCGACUAAAUGCUUAUUUGACAUUUAUUUAUUCAUUUCCCAUUCGCAGUUUAUCUUUCUAAAUUUCAAUGACAUGCUGUAAACUCGUUUAUUUGUUCUAAACUUCAAAUAUAUUUUACUCACUCGUGUAAAA